CUCAUUGCUCCUUUCAUUUCUACCACAAUGGAAACCGAAAACCGACCACCACGUCAAGCCAUCGACUAUAGCUCCAAUGUAGACACAUCUAGUGCUUUUCGUUCGGUGAAAGAAGCCGUGGAGGUCUUUGGUGAGAAGUUUCUCACUGGUGAAAUAUUCUUGCCAUCACCUAAACCACCUCUUUUGAUACCAAAACAAGAAACAUUGUCAUGGAAAUCCACACAUAGCUCUCAAACCUCAUGGAAAUCAUGCUCAUCGCCUCGAGAAGUUGAAGAAGAGCCGCCAUCUUUGGUUGUUAGCUCCUUGAAAAAGCUUGAGAUGGAACUUGAGGAAACAAAGAAAGAGUUGAAGUUAUUGAAAGAUAGAGAGUCUGAAACCGAGGUGGCUUUGGCUUCUUUAAACGCCGAGCUUCAUAAGAACAUGUCAAAGAUCGCGAAAGCUGAGGCAGCCGAGGCAGCUGAGAAAGCGGCGACAAUGAUAUCAAAGUCGUCGUCUUUGGCUCCAAUGACUAGUACAGGUGGUGGGGGUGGAGGGAGGAAAGUGAUAGAGAAAAAAGUAGUGAAGAAAAAACCCAUAAUUCCUCUUUUAGGAGACUUGUUUUCCAAGAAUAAGAAGAAAGGGGGGAAAUCAUCAAAUGCUUCUCUAUUGAAUCCAAUUUAUACAUCUUCUCAAAUGCAUUGGGUUUAAAAAUUUGAAGUAACGUAGAUAUAUAUGCAAAUAUAUGCAUGGAUCAUAAUCAUAUAUGUAUGCAUGCCCAAUUAAUCUUGCUUUAAUUUCGAUUGGAAACAUUUUAUUUGUUUGGUGUAAGUGUGAAUUCAUUUGUUUUUAAGUGAAUAUUUCUGGAUGUUAAAGACUUGAAAUAGAACGGAAGUGUGUGAUUAUUUGUCA